AUGUUGUUACUUCUGCAUGACGAAUUCGAUCAACAUCAACGAGGUAUAUAUUUGGUUUUACUGGAAGGUGAUCCGGUUGCAUUUCAUCAAGAUGCACUACUUGCAAAUGAAGGAAAAAGGCCUCGUCCCAAAAGUGAAACUUCAAAGGCUCGUGCAAAAUACUUGGUGAAUUCCCACGAUCAACUUCUGGAAAGCACUCUACAGACAGGCAGCUAUAACAAGCUUUACAGCUUUAAACAUAUUGUUAAUGGAUUUGCUGUCCACAUUUCCCAUUCUCAGGUCGGAAAAUUAAAGAAUGCUCCUGGGGUGAAGCUGGUAGAAAAAGACAGUAGAGUCAAAUUGAUGACAAGUCAUACCCCAGAAUUCUUAGGGUUACCAGACGUUUGGACACAGAUAGGAGGAGAUAGAAAUGCAGGUGAAGGAAUUGUGAUUGGUUUUGUGGAUUCAGGCAUAAACCCUAUGCACCCCAGUUUUGCUUAUGAUCCUACUAAUCCUUUCACAUCAAAUAUCUCUCAUUUUUCUGGAACCUGUGAGAGGGGGCCUCUAUUUCCUGAUACUGCCUGCAAUGGUAAAAUAGUUUCUGCUAGGUUCUUCGCAGCCGGGGCUCAAGCUGCUGCCACCCUUAAUGCUUCUGUAGACAUCCUAUCGGCCUUCGACGCAGUUGGACAUGGCAGUCAUGUGGCUUCUACUGCUGCUGGAAAUUAUGGAGUUCCUGUUGUGGUGGAUGGCUUCUUCUAUGGUCGAGCCAGUGGAAUGGCACCACGUGCACGGAUUGCAGUUUAUAAAGCUAUUUAUCCUACCAUUGGAACUCUAACAGAUGUGUUAGCAGCAAUUGAUCAAGCGGUAUUAGAUGGAGUGGAUAUUCUAACACUUGCCAUAGGACCCGAUUCACCACCAGAAGAUACCCUAACGUUCUUAGGCAUGUUUGAGAUUUUCAUGUUGGCUGCUCACAAGGCUGGGGUUUUUGUGGUUCAGGCUGUUGGUAACCAGGGUCCCGGUCCUUACACCGUCGCAUCUUACAGUCCUUGGGCUGUUGGUGUUGCAGCUUGCGGGACAGACAGAAGUUACCCCGGUACUCUUGUGCUCGGUGACGGUCAAAGAGUUGGCGGUGUUGGAUUAUCUGGUAACAUUUAG